UUGGCUCCCCCUCCCCAUUCUUGAGGGUGGAGUGUAAGAGGAUUUUGUGAGUUGUUCUUAAGUCCCCACACGCUUGAGUCUUCAAACAGUGCCCAUCUCAGAGACACUCAUCUGUCCCAUGCCACGCAAGCAUUCCGGGAAGGCGGAGGGCCCAGCCAAGGGCAAAACAGAGGAAGGGGAGGAAGAAGGUGAGCCUAAGGGCAGCAAAGCCCUUGGCUCUGAAUCACGGCAAAACUCCCUAUCUGUGCGUAGGCACAGUAAGAAAGCCCAGGCUGACCCCCAUGCAGCUGCUAUCAAGACCUACUCACCAUUCCUCAACACUGUUUUUGGCAAGGAGAGGGAUCUUUCUGCAGAGGAGCUGGAUGAACUGCUAAAGGCCUUCAAGGAGUUUGACACUGAUGAGGAUGGCUACAUCAGUUACAAGGAUCUGGGGGAGUGUAUGCGGAACAUGGGGUACAUGCCCACUGAGAUGGAGCUUAUUGAGAUCUCCCAACACAUCAAAAUGCGCAUGGGAGGGCGUGUAGACUUUGAGGACUUUGUAGAGAUGAUGGGCCCAAAGAUGCGUGAAGAGACCGCUCACAUGGUGGGCGUGAGGGAGUUGAAAAUCGCUUUCCGUGAGUUUGAUACAGAUGGAGAUGGAAUGAUCAGUGGGGCAGAACUCCAUCAGGCUAUGGCUGCCUUAUUAGGAGAACAACUCUUGGCCCAGGAGGUGGAUGAGAUCCUGCAUGAUGUUGACCUCAAUGGGGAUGGAAGAGUGGACUUUGAUGAGUUCGUGAUGAUGCUUUCAUCUCGGUAACAAUAUUUGGUGGAAAGCAACUGUCUCUUGCCUCCGAUCAUUACUGUCUUUGCUUCAGCAGCUGGAAGGAAUCAGUUGCUCUUCGGUGAACCUUCAUCUCCUGACAUCACCCACAGAAAGCUGAAAUCUGUCCCUGUGUCUUGGGUCCUUCACUGGCUUCAUGAAAACCAGGCACGCCAAGCUAUAUAUUGAACUCAGGCUCACUGAGCAUGAUAUCUCAGGGGGAGCUGCUGUCUAUGUCCUAAUUGAGCUGCCCUUCUUGAGGCAAGCUGGCUAGGCCAGAGCUAGAGAACUUACCUCACAGUUUACUCCGUCAACAGGAAGUACUCAUUAGUCUGCACCAAUACAGCUGGGUGUGGAGAAGUCUCCCCAGGUGUUGAAAAUCAUUUCCAGCUAUCAGUGAGAUCUAGAACAGGAGUGCUUCUCCUGUAUUCAGCAUUUAUGCACAAUCUUAGCUUCAUUCCUGACCUCAGAGCUACUGGAGAUUGCCACUAAAAGUGUUCAGUAGUCACUGUGAAAGUUAAUCUUUCGUUUCUGUCAGGGAUGCCCAUGUUUGACUGGCUGAAUGAGGAAUACAUGUCUCACUGGAGCAAAAUUGCAAAACCAACGAAAAGCCUCUGCGUAGAGGUAGGUAGAUGGAAUCAAAGGAAGGAGCCUGUGCUCCCGCUCAUUAGGCUACAGAUAUUGGUGAAUGUAAGAAUGUGUGUUCUAUUGGUUAAUUCUAUUACGUAACAGUCAGACCAGGUGGUGAUGAACAGGCAAAGCCACCUUACCCAGAAAGCAGACAGGAGAAUUUUCUCUGGACAAUGGUUUGCUAAUAGUCUCCACUGUUGCUACAGUCUGGUAAGUAAGUACUCCCCAGGAAUGACAUUGUUGAAGCCCAAAACUGGACGUGUUGCAACCGUGUUAGUAAUUGUUCAGAUCUUACUGCCUGCUAUGCUGAGAGUCAGCAGGACUCUAUACAAUAGCAUAAUGGCAGAGAACCUGCUUAACAAGAAGAAGGUCCCAGCUUCAUUCUUCAGCAUCUGCAGUUACUGCCUCACAAGUAGCAGAGUUUGAAAAAAACCCUCAGUCUCAAACCUCCAGUCAGAGUUGAGAACACUGGGUAUGGACUCGGUGGGCCCACAGUAUAGGGAAGUGUCAUUUGCUGGGCAUUGGAGCAAGGAGCACCAUAUGCAGACUUAAUUCACUUAUAUCCUUUUCUUCUAGCCACUCAGAAAGUGUUAGUGGCUUUUAAAGGUUUCGCAGAACAAAAUCUUUUUUGCCUGUGUGAAGUUUUUCUUGGACAUUCUUCAGUCACGGGUUGCGUGGAAGUUCUUUCUGAGUUCCAUAAAAUGAACAAUAAUGAAUACUGUGUUUCUGUGAAUAUCCUUCCUGACCUGGCAGACAGGAACUUUAAGAAGAGCAAAUAAAAAUGCAAAGGAAACAUUCACACAGACCAAGAUUGUUUGCUCAACAAAAGGUUCCAAAUGCUGAAGGGUUCCCUUCAGCCAGUGGAUCCAUUUUUUGUCUUCACAAAGAGGGAAUGAAGUCAGUGCAGUCAGUAAUGAGACACCCAGAAUCAUAUGUUGGUGAGUUCCAGGGAGAUGCCCCACUGACAGAAUUGUACAGCAAUAUCAGAACUGACAAAGAAUCCCCAUUAUUCACAAAUGCUCAUGCGUACACACGCACAGGAUGAAUAACAUUAUUGUUAUAUCUGUUUAAGCUUAUCUAACUUCACUCUGAAUAGUCCUGAUACCCUGACAGGAAUCCUUGCAGUUAAGUGAGAAUGAAAUGAGGUUUUCCAGUCAGUCCACAGCUGAACUGCAGGAUUUGAAUGUAGGUUUACAUCCAGCAUUCAUGCUAUAGGACCACACUGGCCCACCAAAGCUAGGACAGUUCUGCCCCACAGGUAUAAAAAGACAACCUGAAGAAAUGUGUUGAGGACAAUGUGAGUUUAAUUUCUUUGGAUGAAAAUUCUAUGAAUUAUUCUUAUCAUUAUCACACAAACAUAGGAAAAAGCUGUCUCUAGUAAUAAGCUAUGAGUAGAUUGAUAUUCUUUUCAUUUCUUUGCAAGUGUAGGGGGCUUGGAUAACUCACAAAGCAACAGCUCAGAACAUAUUAAUCAUACAGAUUGUAAUUGCUUUUUUGCAGUGUAUUGUUUGGCCUACCAUAAUUAAACUCAACUUGUUUAAAGCUGCUUUUGCAGUUCAGGCAA